UUACUGGAACCACUGGAGAAGGCACAUCGCAGUCGAAAAUGUCUGGUGUUAGACCUUGAUGAAACAUUAAUUCAUAGUUCAUUCAAGACGGUUGCUGGAGCGGAUUUUGUCGUACCAGUUGAAAUUGAAGGACACUAUCAUAAUGUGUUUGUCUUAAAAAGACCCGGUGUAGAUGCUUUCAUGAAACGUAUGGGUGAAUUGUAUGAAAUCGUAAUAUUUACUGCCAGUCUUUCCAAAUAUGCAGACCCAGUGCUUGAUAAAUUUGAUUUACACAAGGUGGUUCAUCACCGCCUGUUCAGAGAAUCAUGUCAUCCACACAAGGGAACUUAUAUUAAGGAUCUGUCGAGAUUAGGCCGUGAUUUAAAAAGUGUCAUCAUUUUGGAUAAUACACCUGCCAGUUACAGUUUUCAUCCCUCUAAUGCUGUACCUGUUUCUACAUGGUUUAACGAUCAGCAUGAUUCUGAAUUGAUUGAUUUAAUUCCUUUUCUAGAAGAUCUUGCUAAAGUAGAUGAUGUAGUGGACGUCUUAGAUAUAUCUUUCAAGUAG